GGCGGCCGCGCGGGUCCGGCGGGACGGGCUCUGGAGAUUGCGCCGCAGCAGGUUGCCAUGGCUGCCGUUGACAGCUUCUACCUCUUGUACAGGGAGAUUGCCAGGUCUUGCAAUUGCUAUAUGGAAGCACUGGCUUUGGUUGGAGCCUGGUACACGGCCAGGAAAAGCAUCACCGUCAUAUGUGACUUCUACAGUCUGAUCAGGCUGCACUUCAUCCCUCGCCUGGGGAGCAGGGCAGACCUCACCAAGCAGUACGGAAGAUGGGCCGUCGUCAGUGGUGCAACAGAUGGGAUUGGAAAAGCCUAUGCCGAAGAGUUAGCCAGCCGAGGUCUCAACGUUAUUCUGAUGAGUCGGAAUGAAGAGAAGCUGCGGGCAGUUGCCAAAGACAUAGCCGACACCUACCAAGUGGAAACGGAUAUCAUAGUUGUGGACUUCAGCAGGGGCCGUGAGAUCUAUGUUCCUAUUGCAGAAGCCCUGAGGGACAAAGACAUUGGCAUCUUGGUAAACAAUGUGGGCGUGUUUUACCCCUACCCCCAGUAUUUCACUCAGGUCUCUGAGGACAAGCUCUGGGACAUCAUAAAUGUGAACAUCGCCGCUGCUAGUUUGAUGAUCCACAUAGUGUUACCGGGAAUGGUGGAGAGAAAGAAGGGUGCCAUCGUCACCAUCUCCUCCGGCUCCUGCUGCAAACCCACUCCCCAGCUGGCUGCGUUCUCUGCCUCUAAGGCCUACUUAGACCACCUCAGCCGAGCGCUGCAGUACGAGUACGCCUCUAAAGGGAUCUUCGUGCAGAGCCUCCUCCCCUUCUACGUGGCCACCAACAUGGCUGGACCUAGCAGCUUUCUGCACAGAUGCCCCUGGCUGGUGCCUUCACCAAAAGUAUAUGCACAUCAUGCUGUCUCUACCCUGGGGAUUUCCAAAAGGACCACAGGAUACUGGUCCCACUCUAUUCAGUUUCUUUUUGCACAGUAUAUGCCUGAGUGGCUCUGGGUAUGGGGAGCAAAUAUUCUCAACCGCUCCUUACGCAAGGAGGCCUUAGCCUGCAAAGCCUGAGUCCCGACCGUCAGUCAAGUUUUGCCAAGUCAUGGUAACCGGCAGUAUUCCGACAUUUGGAAACACAUUUAAUUUAUCUGAUGUAUUUUCUUUUUGACUGAUGAUCAGUGUGCUGUUAAUUCAUCAUUUGUAAGGCAAAGUCUUGGAGAGCUGUGAUAAACCUCCAGGGCCAGUGGAUGGCGUGGAACAAAUAACCCCUGAGUGUGGGAACUGGUGAAGACGCCUAGAUGUGAUUGCUUUGUUCCAAGCUGUUCAAGAGGGGUGUUGACAUCAGAGCCACGGCAGCGAACGCUUAUAACAGACUUGUCAGCGCUUCAGUUUCCGAUGUCGUGUUUUAAGGGAAAUGGCCUAUUUUUCCUUUACAGAUGACAGCAGUGUUAGUUUUGAAAUGUUCAGUAGGAAGACUAUUGAAAAGUGUUAUUUUGUAACUGAGAUCUCUGGUGUUAGCUUAGGAAUCUGGUUGGGCUGCUGGAGGACCGAGAUGCAGAACCUGUGUGCUGUGCUGUGUGUGAGCAGCUCUACACAGGGUUAAGUUACAAAAGAGCCUUGUCAGGGUGGGUAACGGGAAUCUUCACGGGGUGAUACAGACCCAGGCUCUUCCUUUCCAGACCAGACAAGCCUGCUGGGUUUGUGCUGUGGGUUUGCCUGUCUGCUGCUGCUUCCUCCAUGUCGUUUGUGUUUCCCAGGUCUGGGGUGAGUGUGUUCCUAGACUUGGAGAUCUAAUGAGUAACCUUUAGUCACUAUCUUUUGAUUUGUAAUUGUGCUCAAGUAGUGAUUUCUGAACCUAUGAUCCAUUUUAUAACUGAAACUUAGCCCUUUUGAGCUUGUUAUAGCUGGUUUUCAUACACUUUUCUAUGUAAAAUGAUUCCAUUCCGGUAGUAGUAUUGAUAUAAACAUCAAGUAUUUAUGGAAUAGUACUUAAAAUAUGGACAGAUUAUGUGUGUGAUAUGAUGUAUCUGUUGCAAUAAUGUUAGAAGCUCAUUUUUUGGUCCAUGUAAUGAAUUAUGCAUUAUUGUGAGUACUUUUAUUGAUGUAAUGAUAAUUAUGCACAAACCCCACAAUAUGGAUUAGCAUUGACACCUACAGUGAAAUGUCUUUAAUUCAGAUCCUAUAAAGCCAACCAUUUUUUGUGGGCCACAUACCUAGCACUCAGAAUUUAUGUAAGUUUCUAUAUGAAUAUGGUAACAUGGGCGGAUUUAAAAUUCAGAGCUUAAUAUCAUGACACUGAAGAAGCUGGUCAUUUGGUUGAGGCCAGGACUGGUGUGGGAUCGUCCUGCUGUGAGGCCGUCUUCCACAGUAUGCCUAAGCACACCUGAGUGUUGCACACACGUUUUUGCCUGUGACCUUCCUUGCAGCAUUUCCAGAUGUGACAUGGAUUCAGAAGAUGAGUGGCUAAGUUCCCAAGCUCUUCCGCUCCUAAAUCAUGUCUUCAAAACACAGAAGUGGAGGCACAGUGCAGCUGGAUCCUUGACUUCACACCACACUGAUGGAAUCUGCGCUAUGUGUGAUUGCAGCAGCAGCAGCUUUCUGUAGCCACGCUGUUGUGUGAUUCUGUGUAAGCCAGGUCCCGGUGCUGUCUUAGGGUUAGGGAUCAGGUGGGUGGCGCGGCACUGGUAAACACGCCUGGCCCGUGGUACUCUGAAUUCUGCCCUUGGCAGGAUGUCGCCAGACAUGCCGACUGGUGCAGACUGGUCCCCAGCUUCAGGGGAAGAGCAAGACUGAAUUUCCUUUGGUUUUCUAGCUUUCAUAAAACACCACCUCCCCAAAGCUCACUUGAGAGUUGGUUGGUCACUGUGGAUGGGGUCUCUUAUUCAGAAUGUGGGGAAUCUGAACCUUGAAACUUGGUCUGUGAACUGGAAAUGUAACAAUAAAAGCAGUUGCUCUGUCUCCUCUGGAA